GUCCACUGUUCAAACCCAACCUUUAAGUCCGAUUCUCCCAUUCCCUUUUAUGUCAAUCCAACAAACAGUUGCACUCACUGUUACUCCCCGGAUGGCGACGGAGAUACAGGCGACGGACGGCCUAAAUUCCUCCGACCCACCAACCACGGCGGCGACAUUUCCAGAACCACCUCCAAUCGAACAUCCUACCACCACUAACCCAACCUUAGCUACCAACGCUGCCAAUAUCGACCCAGGCCCUAGCCUAGCCCCCAAACGCCAGCGCCGCCCCAGCGUCCGCCUGGGAGAGAUCGGGGGAGACCCACCUUACGACACCAACAACCACCACAUUCGCCGCCCCAACAAAACCUGGCGCUUCCACAAGGACCCAUCCUUUGCCGCCAAGACCUCCAAAACUCGGCCCCUCACCAACCUCGUCAAUGGUGGUGCCGACACAAAUUACCGGGAUGCUUUUGACCAAACCGAGAAUUAUGCUUCAGCAGCGGACUUCAUUCACAGAAGGCCCAAGAACAAGAAGCCUAUCAAGCGGGCUCGCACCAAUUGGAAUAAAUUCGACUCCAUCCUUAAUAACGGAGUAGGCGGCGGCGGCGGUGGAGGAGUAGUCGACAGCUCAAACGCUUUUCAAGAAGAAAACGAGAAUAAUAAUGGAGAGAUUAGGGAUUUCGAGCCCGAGGGCUCGGAGAGUCCUUUGUUAAAAGAGCAUAGCCCGGUUAAUUCUAUAGAGAAUAUGGGUUUGCAGUUUUGGGAUCGACAAAGGAGGGGAAGUAGGGUUCGGGUUUCAGAGAGCAAUGGAAUAACUCAGAAUGAGGUCAAUUCGCAGGAUCAGCAUAAUGAAGCAAGCAACGGGGUGAGGGAGUGGUUGGUUGGCCUGGGAUUAGGAAGAUACGCUCCAGUUUUUGAGAUACAUGAGGUGGACACUGAAGUCUUGCCGAUUUUAACUCUGGAGGAUCUCAAGGACAUGGGGAUCAAUGCUGUUGGUUCAAGGAGGAAAAUUUACUCUGCAAUUCUCAAGCUCCAAAAAGGGUUUUUUUGUAUUUCUAUCAGUGGAGCGUAGCAGGGCAUAUUGCAGCCUUAAAUACGACAGUCAUGUAAUACUUGUGUGCGUCUGUGCGUGUACCAUUCUCUGCUUGUAUGGUGGCUGCUAUCUUCAGUUUAGAGGGCCUGUUUAUUGGCUCGUCUCCAUACCCAUGCCGGUAAAUAAGCCUAGCCAAUCAAGUGUCGAUGGAUGGAACUAGUGUCAAUAUGUUAUGUGCCUCUGUUUUUAUCAUUAUAUUCUCAACUUUUGUCAUCUCUCAACCCGAUUGAAGAUCUUGAAUAGCACGUAAGCAUCAAACUCAGCUACGUUUCGAAUUA